AUGUUGUGUAUUCGGAAAGAAAACCAUAAGAAACUUGUGGACGCAUGCUACCCUGAUAAAAAGGCCUUGGCCAACGCUGCGCCCGAGUUCCGACCCAAAAGCAAUGAGCUGGGCCGGCUCGUGUACUACGCUCAGAGCAAGCCACCUAAGCUGUCAAAGCUCGGUCGCUACCUGAUUGCUCGCGCUGCUACUGAAUCUCGAGCGUCAUCCAGGUCUAGCUCUACCAAGACUAAGGCCUUGUUCAUGAUCACUCUCGGCAUUCUUCAAGAGCUCUUGGCUUCUUGUAAAACCGGUCAUGCGUAUUUGGCGUCGGCCUUUCAAAACGUGCUGAUCUAUGCGCUUUCAGUGGCAGCGCCUCGUGGUGCCGACCCAUCCACAUGGGAUUUGGACAUAUGCCAGCGUGUGGCUGUCUCCUAUGCUUUGUACGUUCAAAGUAUGCCGGCCAGCGAGGUUGAUACCGAUGAAGGGAUGACCCAUGCCGUGUUCCAAGUUCUUUCCGAAAUGCAGCGCCUAGGACAAGGUAAGGUAACAGAGCAGUCCCGUCUUGUAUGGAUGUCUGGCGUGGCUGGCCUCACGCAUUCGCCUGUUCUUACCACAUCUGCAUUUCCGCGUUUCCUGUCUCUCGUUCUUCCUAACCUCCUCGACAUUGUCAGUCCAUUACAUGUGCCACUUGAUAAGACGGCAGCCCUGUCCGAGGAGGUUGACGCCGACACACCGUCGCUUCAAAACGCACCAUCGAACGCGGUGCCUGAGUACACGACUCGCGCCGCACUCAAGCUGAUUUGGAACAUGUUGCAUCGCUCUGACGCAACGCAACUUCGCAUAUUUGUCAUCAAUACUCUGGCUUAUCUGGAUGGUGAGUGUCAGCGUCCUUCAUCUUGGGAAGACAAUGAAUGGUCGCUGUGGAUCCUUGCUCUGCUUGUGCAGUGGUCGCCCCCCACGUCGCGCUACAUUGUCCCGCAUACAUUAGUUCAGUCACUUACAAUGACGAAGAACGCCUCAAAUUUGCGCAAGACGCGUCUUUUGCAGACUAUGCAUGUGAUUCUCGAGAGAAGGACGGAUAUUGUGGGCCUGAAUAUGACAGAUUUGCUGGAUGGCCAUGUGUACUUCCUCUUGUCACACGUGCAGGCGAAUCCCUACGACUUGACGACAGUCCAGGCCACCAUCGAUGCCAUCUGCCAUCUGGCUAGCUACACAGUCUACUCAGAUCAGCUGGAUGACUUUGUCGAACAAUUCACGCCCCACAUGCUGCGUGUGCUUCAAGACUCCCACUUGUCCGACGAUACAAAGACACACAGCGUGAAUGCGCUUCUUGCCUGUAUUCAAGCUCUUGUCCGGACGCAUACACAAUCGCACGUCCCGCUUCGUACAUGGUCCUCGACUGAGGCACUCCUUUCGUCGCCCAUCCCUGCCGUGCGUGUCUUAUACCUUCAUACACUGCAUGUAUACCUGCAGACGGAGGCUUGGCUUAUCGAGCAGGGUAUGGCGAAGCGUGAGCCUGUGAGCGAAUGCAUUAGUUUCCUGCAUACGUUGGCAUCCCACAUGCAUCGACUAGCCAUGCAAGGUCUCUCUGACACAACCAAGAGCAGCACACCGACCGACUUCGCCUUGAUGAAUCAUGUGGUCCACAUGAUUCUCCAGGUGGCGCCUACAGCCGGAGUCUUGGCAUUUGUACCGCCGCUGUUGGCACUGGCGCAGGAAACAAGUGCCCCUGUCGUGUCGAAUGCUGCUCUCGUGCAUCAUACGCUUACCUGCCGCUGGUUUGUCGGGGCCGUAUUUGCCCAGAUCAGCAAUGUCUGGCAACAACAAUCCAUCCUUGAUUAUUUGCAUGUGCAUCAUGAGCCUACGCUGAGAGAUAUGGCCCCUACGGCCCCGGACCUUUCUGAUUCCUACGACCCGAGUCCCUUGGAGAUACCUCAUUUCGGAUCAGGGCUCUAUAGCGAGGCACCUGCGUAUGCAUGGGACACACCUUUUCUUAUCGAAGCGCUCUCCUCCAAUCUGGCCUUGCAGAAAUUGGCUCAUGUCAAUGCAAAGUCCCUUCAAUCAUGGUUCCAGCGUCAAUGGACGGCCUCAACCGGGGAAGUCGAUGCUGCGACAUCUGCACGACCAAUAUUUGUGCCUUCAACGACACCUCAGGACCUCUCACGCGCACCGUCCAUGUCACCAACAGACGAAACUUCUAUGGAUGUUCGCACCCUACGCAUGGCCCUUUCUCAGCCGUCCGCUGAGGAUGGCAAGGUGUCAACGCUUUUGCGACAAGAAUCUUGCAGGUCGCCGGUGCGAAGCCCGGCGUCAUUGAGCUCUGCGCCUAGUACGCCCAUGGCAUCACGCCAAGGUAGCCACAUGAUGCCUAUGAAUGACGCCAGGGCUGGAGGUGUGUCUGCCGUUUUGGAUCGUUAUACGUCCGGUAGGACAAAGCGCAUCCCUACAUUCCAGCCAUCGCCCACCAUGCCUCCUGUUACAUGA